GGGUGCGACAUCCUGCCCACAAUAAGAGCAGCUCUGAUAUCCAACUUGACCUGACCUGGUGUGUAAUCCACAAAGUCAUUGAUGCAUUUGGUAGACAAGGUCUCGACCGAUCACUUUCAUCUCUCUUCGACCUCUCCAGCUCUCAUCCGCUCCGCAGCCACAGCCUCAUGUUGCAGUGAGGGAGAGAUCAUUGUGGGAGGAGGACUCUGUGGAUGACAAGCUGCUCAGUGGACGGUAGACAGACAGAGGCGCACGGAAUCCUGACUUGUUUACUCGGUACCGGGCACACAGUUGCACCAUUGCGCAGCAGCUUUUACGCACAACCCAAAGAGCAGGAGCGAGGAGUGCGUCUGUCUGUCUGUCUGUCUGUCUGUCUGUCACAACCAUGUCAGCUGCAACAGCUUCAAUAGCAGAUGUGUCCAGGACUGCUUUUACAAACAAAGAUGAGCGGAAUAAGUCAGGUCAGACCCAGGGUCAAUGCAGACCCAUGCCCCUGCCAGCCCUGGGCACCCAGAGGAUCAUCCAGGGCAACGGCACCACUGUGGGCACCGUCCUUUCUCUGCAGUGCCCCGCCAAACACAGACUGGUAGGAGGUGAGCUGAUGUGCGUCAUGGACACCAACAGCACCCACUGGGUGGGGGAGAACUACUGUAAACCUCUGACUCCAUAUGAGGACUAUGGUUUCCGUGUGGCCGUGCUGGCGUCCAUCGUAAGCUCGGCCAUCAUCUUCUUCAUGUCCGUGGCCUUCAUCACCUGCUGUUUGCUCGACUGCAUCAAAGAGGACGAAAGGAAAAAGCAUGAGAGGGAGUCUGAUAGUAUGUGGCAGUGGGAGGAGCAGGCCCAACAUCAGGAGGACGACAGGUCUCGCUACAACCAUAAAGGCAGGAACAACAACAACAACAACAGCCAGGAGAAGGUUUCACUGUGGGACACCCGUAACCCGGCCAUGUGUGACAACAUGCGACCGUGCAGAUGUCACCAGCAGGACGCCUACGGUCCAUGCGGCCCCCCUCCUCCGCUGUCUAAUCUCCCCGGCUACGACUACAACCAGCUUCUCUUACCCCGAACCCCAGAGUCUGCACAGAUCCCUGGUCCACCUGAAUACAGCGGACCUCCUCAGUCCUCCUGUCAGACCACCAGCCCAGGCCUGGUCCAGAUCUCGGCAGUAGGGCCUGGUGUGGUGUGGCAGUAUGGAGGACAGCAGAGCACUUUUUCAGGGGUGAAGCCAUCAAACACGGAUGAGACCAACACGAGGAGUAUGAACCCUGCCAAAGAAUUCAACAUUCGGAUUAUAUCAGUGUGAGGACGCAUUAUAACACAGGAGGUGAAUACCCUGUUUACUGACCAGAUGCUGGUCUGGUACGAUGAGGACUACGAGAAGAACAUUCCUGAUCUUGUUGAAAAUGAUAAUGUCUGCAGCUCUGCACAGUAUAAAGGCUCUAUAGGCAUACUGAUCUGACAGACACAUGUGCCUUUUUGUAAACUGUAAUGGCACACUGCCCUCUGUUGGAAAAGGGGAGUCAUUGCACUUUGAGGACACCGGCCUUGUUGGAUGUCACUCCCUGUUAUUAAAAGGUCCAGGGACUUUCAUGCCCUCAAACUGAGCUUUUCACAAGCCCAUCAAAUUGUUAUGUUUUGGUUAAAGUUUACAAUUAAGGUGUUUAUUGGGAUAACUCACUGUAGGCAGCUGAGGAAGUUGUCUGAGGAACUGGAAAGUCCUUUUGUUGGUGGAGGAGAGUAUAGCUGAAAAGCACUGGCACCAGUAUGUAAAUAUAAUUUUUUUUUAAAGAAUGUAAAUAAAUUAAAGACUUCUACUGAU